AUGUAUAGUGUAAUAAUAAUAUAUUAAAUUUAGGUGAAUUAACAAUUAAUAAUUGAAAGUAGAAAACCGAAUAACUAAUUAAGAUGGUUAUUGGAUAUGGAAGCAUGUCUAAGUUAAUUCAAAGAAAUACGCAAAAACUAUAUUUGUUCACUAUAUAAUAUAAUUCCUAUAUUCCAUAUUGUUUGCAAAAACAUUUUUAUGAUCAGAUAUUGGUCAUUUUUACAAGUUGCUUAAAACAAUGGGGUUUUCAUCAUAAAUAUGAUUUCAUAGAUUUAUUUGAUCUAUAGUUCCAACAACUAUAUUUUUAGCCUUUUUAGAGAGUUUAAAUUAUUUUUAGCUCAUAUAAAUGUUCUUUAAAUAUUUCAUGAUAUUUAUAAUGCUUGCAUAUCAUUUGAUAAAAUUCUUUAUUUGUUUACAUUUUAUAAUUAUAAAUUUGAGGUAAAAAUUUCCACAAUUGAGUAAAAGAAAUAUUAUUCAGAAAAGGUAUGUUUGAAUCCUAUUUGGAUAGGAACUCAGGAUAUCAUUUGUAAUAUUUACGAAUUCCCAAUUAGAUAGAUAAAAUUUCAACUUACUCAAUUAUUCAUAAAUAGCAGUAUUUGAGAGAAAAAAAAGAAUGAUAUUAGCUUUCCAUUAACGUUGA